AUGAGCCUGUCACUGGACCUAUCACGUGCCUAUGAUCUGGCCAGCAGACCCAUCAUCUACGAAACUCUUGCAAACUACGGUGUGUCACAAGACACCAUCACUGUCAUCCAACAGCUGCACAGGGAUGCACAGUACGUCUUCAGGGCAGGGCCGAAUACUGGGCGACAUACCACCACGAACGGCUUGAAACAAGGAUGCUGCAUCGCACCCUUUCUGUGGUGUUUUUACACCGUAGCCUUGAUGCAGGUUCUUCAAGACAAGCUUGGAACGGAGUGGAUCGCCAAGGCUUUGGUCCUGUUCGCGGAUGACCAUUGGGCCCACUGGAUAAUACGUAGUAGAGAGGAUUUCACCCAAGCACUUGCCCAGUUGAAGGUUGUACUCGAGACGCUAGUUGAGUUCAAAAUGUCCAUCAACUACAGCAAAACGGCUGUACUCAUUAGGCUUGAGGGUAAACAAGCUAAAACUGUGAUGUACGAAAAUACAAGGAUGAAGAAUGGUACUAGGCAUCUUUGUGUGCAGGUCAAAGGCCACACCCAGCUCAUCCCGAUCAAAGAAGUUCACGAACACCUUGGCACGAAAGUAUGGAGUCAAGCCCAACUUGCACCGCCAGGUCAAGUGCUGCUGAGCUCGCUCCAAAACUUCCAGCGAGCACUGAUACAGAAGGCUGCCUCAGCCCCAGAUAUCACAACUCAGCCUGCUAUUCUGGACCGCGUUGCACAACUUGAAGCCACACUCCGUGACCAGCUUGAGAAGCAGAAAGAACAUGAUGCACAAACUCCAACGGACAUGGGUGAUGUUCCGUGUCCUUAUUGUGAUGCUGUCUUCAUCACGGAACACGCCAUGCGAGAAACCACGGUGCCAGCCUGCACGGCGAAUGAGCCGCCGGACACCGCGACAGGCAUUUUGCAAAACGUCCCUUUGAUUGAGCGUGAUUGGUUCACCCGAAAACUUCCUCAGUGGGAAGACUUGCUUCGUGACCACAAGCUUCGCGACGACCUCCGCAGCCACUGUGUCCUGUGCCAUAUGUGGGUCGCCUCGUACACGAAGAUCAAGCAACACAUCACACGUGUGCACGAGCCAGAAACACCCGGUUUGAAUGAGCGAGCCCUCAACUUGUGUGUCAGUUUCAAGCAGCAUCUGGUGCGAAAUCGGUCGUCUGGGCCCCAGCUCAGCAUGCCAGACAAUGUGUCGUCCUGUACCAAAUCUGCAUUGCAAAAACACGCUGCCAAUGGCAGGAUGGCCGCUUCAGCACCGAGCCUCAAUCCAGAAGCGGAUAUCUUCGCAUUCUGUGCUCCCGAACUCCUGACCAGACAUCACCUCAAGAAGGAGGAACAGGAGGAGGGCGUCGAGAAAUCGGAGGAAUCCCAGCCACCCAAACGUGCCAGGCCCGAACCGAGCCCCCUCUUCCCAGCAGCACUCAGCAACAACAGCAGCACCAGAUCCCGACGGCCACAGAAGCAACAGCCCAAGCCACAGAUCCGUGCAACUCCGGAACUCAAGCUGAUGACAAAGGUCAUGCUACACCACGAAGAUCAACUCGCAGCCCAGCGAAUGGACAAAGAUUUUGUGCUCUUUUUAAGGCAAGAUUAUGCAUCAAUCAUUCCCAAUCUGCAUGCAAUCUCUGUGGAGUGGGAGAGCAAGAAGGAACAGGGACACGAGGGUCUGACAUCCUCGAAACGAACGCUGCUUCUUGCAUGCAUGAUCAAGGAACUCUUGGCGAGAGUGCAAAAGAUGUCAUCCACAGAUCCGGGGCAGGAGAAGCUACGAAGAGCAAGCUGGAUGACUCCAGAGGGCGAGUGGACUUUCAUGAAGUGGUGCCACAAGAAUCGCAAGCUGGUCGUGAACAGCGGCAAAGCCAGCAUCAGCCACGCAGAGCUCACUCGACUCCUCUCCUUCAUCCUCGAGAAUCUCCGCGGAGACAUAAUACACAAAUUCCACAGCACCCAAAGCCUGGCGGAUGCAGAAGCCGAUAUGACCAAUCAUCCAUCCGUGACUUUCUUACUCGGCAUAGCGCUGAGAGGAGAGAAAGCGAACGAGCUACACGAGACACUGUGCACACUCCUAGGUUGCUCAGCAUGGCAACUGAUAGGAGUGUCAAUCAAGAGAGAAACGAUGAAGAGAGCACCAGCUGUACGGGAGCUGGCGAAGAUGGUGCUGGGCUACUAG